CAUAUAUUGUUUCCCAAUAUAUAGAUACUGCAAUCUCCAUCCUAUGUAGAAAAUUAAAUUAAGAGAGAAGAAAUGGCAAGAGUAGUAGGAGAAGGAGUGAGUCUUAACCAUAUAGCUAUAGAGUCAUCCGACAUAAAAAGAUUGACCAAAUUUUACAAAGAAAUGUUUGGAUUUGAGGAAGUUGAGACCCCCAACUUUGGAGAUAAUCACUUCAAAAUUGUAUGGAUGAGCCUUCCUUCUUCUUCCUUUCUUCUCCACAUCUUACAACGUGUCAAAAACAAGGAGGACGAUGCUACACCAUCGUCAUCCGUUGUUAAAGACCCGUCUUGUGUCCGUACAGGCCAACAUCUAUGCUUCACCAUCUCCAAUUUUCAUUCCUUUAUCCAAACUCUCAAGGAGAAGGGUAUUGAGAUUUUUGAGACUAAUAGCACUAUCAAACGAGUUUUCUUUUACGACCCCGAUGGUAAUGGCUUGGAAGUUGUAAGCUCCUAAUUAGUUAGUUUGAUGUUUGCAUGCAUAUGUGUAAUGCAUGAUAAUAAUUAAUAAGAUCUGGAUUGGGUACAAUCUGCAUCUAUGACCGACUGUAUGUGCAGUAAGUAAGAUUAAGACCGUUUGAUCGAGACCGAAUGAUAAUACUUAAAAUGUGAGAUUUUGAUUGAUGGUGAUUGUUACUUGUGAUUUUCUGUAGCGUUUGUAUUGAGCAAUAUAUGUUUAAUCCAAGAGAAUAUGAAAGUUGACACCACCAACUAUAUGGACAUAUUUCAUUUUGUUGCUGUUUGUAUGUUUUAAGUAAUGAACUAUUUUGGUUUCUAAUU